AUGAUGACCUGCGUGUGCGUCUCCGCUCUCUGCGCGAUCCUCGACGUCGUCUUUCUCUCGCUGGUCGGCGUGGAGGCCUUCCUGGUCGUCUUCGCCAUCGGCAUCCAGGCCAUGGUCUUCUUCUUUGGGCCGCGAAAGUACUGCGGGAACACCCUCUGCAGCGGGCCGGCGCGGCGGUGGAUCGCAGUCACCUACUGGUCGCUGAUCGGCCUGACCGCGUUCCUCGCCGCGUGGAGCCUGCAGCACGGCCUCCCUCCGUCAGUCCUCAUCCUGUCUUUUGUGCUGUGCAAGGUUGCGUGGGCCUUCAACCUGAUGGCGUCGUGCGGCUGCUUUGGCGGCAAGCCGAGGCGGCGCGACGAGGAGGACACGAGAGUCUGA